AUGGCAGAGCUUCACGAUGAUGUCCUUCCAAAUAUACUGAAAAGAUUGAAUGUGAGGGAUCUAAUCCAAUGCAAAAGUGUAUGUAAGUCUUGGGAAAAUUUGAUCUCUGGCUCUGGUUGCAUUAAAUUCCAUAUGAACUAUAGUUACCAAAUUGAUUACAAAAACAAUGAUAUAGAUAGGAGGAUUGUUAUGUCAAGGGUCUCUUAUCGCAACGGGUCGCGUGUUUGUGAUGUUGAUGACAGAUUAUUUGAUGAUCGUGAUUCUCAUCUUCUUGGUUCUUCCAAUGGACUUGUAUGCAUCUCUUCUUUUGCUUCUCAACUUGUAGUAGCUAAUCCCUCAACUAGAGAGGUUCAAACACUACAAGAGCCUCAAAUUCUUGAUACCAAGCAUUUAUGUUGGGGUUUUGGCUAUGAUUCAUCUACGGAUGAUUACAAGGUUGUACUAGGGUUCCGUAAACGUGUUGGCUGGACGUGUUUUCAAGUGUUAAGUUUGAAAUCAAAUGUUUGGAAACUAAUUGGAGAUGUAAAGUAUUCAUUUCAUAGUAGGAUUGGUAUCUUAUGCAAUGGGGCACUUCAUUGGAUUAUGAAAGAUUCUUCAUCUCCGAAUAAGAAGAGAGUCAUUGCUUCGUUUCAGCUAUCUGAAGAAAAAUUUAUCAAAAUUUCCGAACUUGAUGAUGAGCGAUAUGAAUCUGGUGUUGAUAACUUAUGGAUGCUGAAGAACUACAAUGGAAAGCUAUCUUGGGAAAUGUUUGAAAAGGACUGUGAUAUGAACUUAGCUUUACAAUGCUUGAAAGAGCAGGAACAUUACGUUCCUAACAAGAGAACUUUGUGUCGUGAUAUGCUGUUCUACAAGACUAAGGAGUAUAUUUGUGCCCCUAUCUAUAUGGAGAGUCUUGUAUCUCCCUAUGUUAAUGGGAGGCCAAAGAGAAAGACACAAGAGAGUAAUAGCAAGAAGAGUUGUAAGUUGAUUAAGCGUGACCCUAUGCUUCCAGGAGCAAGUGGCUAA